GCUAAGAUGGCAAUGAGCAGCGUCCUCAACACUGAUGACAUCAAGAAAGCUGUAGAAGCAUUUGCAGCUGCUGACUCCUUUGACCAUAAGAAGUUUUUCGAGAUGGUGGGUCUGAGGGCCAAACCCUUUGACGAUGUGAAGAAGGUCUUCGCGGUGCUGGACGCCGACAACAGCGGCUACAUAGAGGAGGAGGAGCUUAAAUUCGUCCUGAAGGGUUUCGCCAAAAAUGGCAGGGACCUGACUGACAAAGAAACCAAAAUAUUUUUAAGAGCAGCCGACAAGGAUGGAGACGGCAAGAUCGGAGUUGAAGAAUUUGCUGCCAUGGUGAAGGAGUAA